AUGUGCUGGGCUUUGAUUUUGGCCUUGCCUAGCAUGUUGUUGUCUGCUCCCUCGACCGCACUGUCUACGAUUGACCUGCGCAAUAUGUUUCACGAUCGUCUCCGUUGGCUUGUGACGGGGCAACUAGGUCGGGUCGUGGACGCCAUGCGCAAGGCAGUCGCACGCAAGCAGAGCCGUCGAGGACAGCUGAACGCCGGCGCGGGCACCCACCCAAACGACGCAGUCGACCAGAGCCUCAGGUCGCUCGUCCGCGACCCGGACCUGGCGGACGAAGCCUGGGCAAACCACGUCACGAACCGUCUGAACCGAGGUCAGAUUGCCAAAGCAUUUGAUGCCGACAAGGCUCGUGCCGUGAUUGGUAAUUCUGAGGUUCAGGCCGUGCGCGACCUCCUGGUACCGCCCGGGCUGACCCCGUACAUUGCUUCAACACCCGCCUCCACGUCUACACUGGCACCAGCCACGGCUGUGAGCUCCCCAACCGUGUCCUUCACCAAGGGUGAGCUCCCCAAGGCGUUGGCGGCCACCAAGGGUGUCACCGACCCCUAUGGUUGUCGAUUCGACAUGCCCUUUGCUCCAUCCUACACUAUCCUGGAGAAGGCCAAUGGCAAGUUUCGACCCGUGGGCACGGAUUCCAUCUUCAACAAGGUUGUCAACCGCGCUCUGCUCGAGCAGCAGCAGCCCCAUAUUGCCCACUUGCUACAGGCCAGUCCAGAGCUGGCCGUCGGAGUCAAGGACGGCAUUUCAGCAGCGGUUGGCAUGGCCUUUGGUGAGCUUCAAGCCUGUGAGUCUACCCCGGGCUGGACCAUGCUCUCCCUCGAUUUCAAGAGUGCCUUCAACUACACCGACCGAGCACGGCUGCACGAGAUUGUGGCCGACAAGGUUCCUGGCCUCUUGCGCGCCUUUGAACGACACUAUGCUCGACCCACUACCCACUGCAUUGUCGACAAGUUCUUCAAGGUGAUUGACAUUGAUGUUGGCCAAGGCAUUGUGCAGGGCAACGAGCUAUCGCCCUUCUUCUUUGCCCUGUACUCCUGUGAGGUCCUGGGUCUCCUCGACGCCACCACUGACUACCGCUGUAAAGUCAUCAAGUAUCUCGACGACAUUGUACUGAUGGGCCCCGCGGAGGACGUGGCGGCCGACGUCGAGAUUGUCAAGGCUCGUGCAGAGUCUGCUGGCCUUCAUCUGCAGCCCAGUAAGAGCCGCUUCUACAUGCCUCGCCACCAUUCGGCUUCCAUCACUGCUAUCAAGUCUGUCUUGCCAGAUGCCGUGCGCGAGACGGCCAACACGGGCAUGACGGUCUUGGGAACGCCGAUUGGCCGUCGCGAUUGGAUGAAGAAGCAGCUGAACGACAAGGCAAAGCACAUUGCUGGCAAGCUCAAUGACAUGCUGACGACCGGUGUCUCGCUUCAGGCCCUCCUCACGGCCAUGCAGUACGUGCCUAGCCUCAUCAACCACCUCUACACGCUGCCCCCAAGUCUGACGUCGGGCUUGUCCGAGCUCUUGAACCGUGCUUGCAAGGACACCUUUGUCAAAGCCUUUUUUGCCAAGGUAAACCUGUCUGCAUCAGCUGGAGCUGAAGGUCAUGACGUUAUAUUAAAGGUGUAUGUCCAGUACAGUGUAAUGUGUGUGGACAAGGCGAUUGUCACAAAGGUAUCCAACCAAUCGAAGUGCAUACGAGAACAUGGAUUGAAGCAAGGCGAAGGAACAAGACAGAACAAGACAGAAGGAGGGAAGUGGAACGACCGAGGUCAAGAAGGAAAAUGGUACCGAUCCAGGGAGAUCGCUCCCAUUUAUAGCAGGUGGAAACACACACACACAGUGGAGACAGAGAAUGGACUAUCACACUGA